GUUUUAGCAACAGUUUAUCCGAGCUCUUCAGCAUGUCUGGUCUUCUUCUUAUCUGCUCUGUGCUGUCUCUUUGGGGUGCCGUGUGUGGGAGACCAGGACAAUACUGCGCAGACCAACCUUCAGGCUUGGAAGCAUUUGCUGGAGACUCAGUGACCUUCCCAUGCAGUUUUGUGUUCCCCAGAAAUGUCACAGGAAUUACUAAUGUGACCAUUAUCUUUCAAGCUGGUGGAGGGAAUUAUUGUGGGGAUCGUAUAUAUAACAGUGGGUACGGCAACACAACUCAGGAAUACCAGGGAAGGGUCUCACUGGUGGGAGAUCCAUGGACUCGGAAUGGGGCCAUCACCCUGACCAAUGUAACCACAAGUGAUAGAAAGUCCUACUGCUGCCGUGUCCAACUUCUAAUUCCAAACAAGAAGACUGAGCAGUGGCAGAAUGGAAGAGGCACUUGGCUAACUGUCAGGGGAGAGAAUUCCAUGACUAUGCAUCAGCCUCCGUUCAUUCCUGCUCUGGUUGGUGACACGGUGACAAUUCCCUGUCAUUUCUCCAUCAGCGCCAAGAAGAAAAUCCAGAACAUGUCUCUAUCCAGUGUUCAGUGGAGCUUUAGUACUUGGUCCUCAUUCUGUGGGACAGAUAUAUAUAACAGUGCCACGGGGGCAGUAGGAAGUGAUUACAAAGGGCGGAUGUCUCUGGCUGGGGAAGGCGGCGCAUCCAUACAAAUCAAACACGUGGGGCUCAGUGACAGCGGCUGGUACUGCUGUGGGGCACAAGUGACUGGAGAUGGACAAGUUUAUAGAACUGAGAGGAUGAGAGGAACAAAGCUGAUCAUUACAGGAAAAACCGAUAAAGUGAAGAUCGAGCAGCCAAAGGAGGUCACAUUCCCAGACUCCCCUACUAUCAGCUGUAACUAUACAUUACCGGAGAAUGAAGAUCCCUUGUGGGUCGGGAUCUACUGGAUGUUUGGGGACCCACGUGAGGGCUUUGCUUAUCACCCUGACCCAGAAUUAAUACACCCCCGGUACCAGGGCAAAACCAGACUGGUGGGUCAGUCAGACCUGUAUCUGGAAGAGGUGAAUGGAAUGGAUAACACCUCCUUCUACUGCCGCGUGGCAAUGCGCCUGUGUAACUCUACUAUGUUAAACACUGUAGAAACAUUACUGGAGGAAGGAGCAGGGACACUCCUAAGGCUGAAUGUUGCAGCUGAUCAAAGUGACCAGACCACGAUCAUAGCGGCCUCGGUUGGAUCAGUAAUUGUUCUUAUUCUCCUAAUAUUGAUUAUUCUUUGUCUCAUUAAACGAAAAGGGACAAGGAAACAGUCGCAGCAAUCAGAACAAAUGGAUCCAGUAGAUGGGGAGAACGCCGACAGUGCCGUGCCCGAAUCUGAAGAUCGGAGACAGCAGAAGACUGAUAUAGACUACUACAUGACUGUUGGGGAGGCAGCCAGGGCUUCCAGCGAUCCAUCAAACUGCGAGGAACAAUUAGUAUAUUCGGCCCUGGACCACUCAUGUUCUUCAGCAAGGCGUAAGUCUCCUGACCCUGCCCAGGAAGUACUUUAUGCAGAUGUGAAAAGUAAAUGAGAACGUCGUGGUGGCUGUCGUGUGACUUCUGGCCUGAGCAUGGCUUAUCUGCUUCUACUUGUAUGGAGGAAUCAGGCCAACUAAGUGCUUGGUCCCUUGUCUGCCUCAAGGUUCUACUGACUUUGCACUGAAAUAUUACAGCAGUGAUCCCCAACCAGUGGCUCAGGGGUAACAUGUUGCUCUCCAACCCCUUGGAUGUUGCUCUCA